AUGUACGAACAAUCAGGCGCCCCAGUGCUAAAGGACCUGUCUGGCAAGCAGGCCGCCCCUCGGCCGAGCCACCCGACGGGGGCAGCAGGGGCCUCCGCCAGGCCUCGGCAGGAGGCAGCCAGAGCCUCCCCACGCCGGCCUGCGCGUGCCCGCGAAUCCCGCCCCCGACUGCUCCGGCCGCACAGGUGUGCGGGCCGACCGCGGACCCCGCGCCCUCCCAGGAGCGCGCCCCCGGGGCCCAGGCCCCCGCCGCCGGGGCCACGGAGGACGGCGGGCGGGAGCACCCAGCGUCCGAGGACUGCCCUGGCCAGCCCGCCCUGCCGGCGUUUCCUGAGGUCAGAGGGCUCGCCCCGGCCCCAGCGGAAAAGUACCGGCGCGGGCCCAAGCCCCGCGCUCAGGGCCUUUGCACCAGCCCUACCUUGGCCUGUGUGA